CUGUCCUCCUGUCAAUACAGCACUAGUAGAAGAAAAAUGCGAAAAAUGGAUGUGCGAUUUGCUUACGAUAAAUUAAUUUUAUUUGUAUUUUUUCUUUAUUCGACAACAUUAUGCAACGCGAACGAUAUCUUAGGAUGUGGCGGUUUUGUGAAAAGUCACGUUAGUCUGGAUUUUUCUAAAAUAGAAAUUGGACUAUACACAAAAUCGGGAAGUCUGAUUGAGAAGACUGAAUGCGCACCUAAUAAUGGUUAUUACUUUCUACCACUUUAUGAGAAAGGAGAAUAUAUUUUAAAAGUCCAUCCCCCAGCUGGUUGGAGCUUUGAGCCUUCCGAAGUGGAAUUAACAAUAGAUGGAGUCACUGAUAAAUGUUCUACGAGUCAAGAUAUCAAUUUUUCGUUCAAUGGUUUUGGUAUAGCCGGGAAGGUGAUCACAGUCGGGCAGCAAAAGGGUCCGGCGGGCAUUGCGGUGCAGCUGGUAGAUAAUAAGGGCGAAGUGAGGAACACUGUCACUUCUGUUGGAGGGGACUUUCAUUUCACUCCUGUUAUUCCUGGGAAAUAUACUGUAAAGGCUUCUCACCCAAGAUGGAAAUUAGAUCCGGCACAAGCAAUGGUGCAGGUGAAGGAAGGCAACACAGCAUUGCCGGUGGGAGUUCUAGCAGUCAAAGGUUACGAUGUGAAGGGCUCCGUUACUGCUUUCGGCUCUGCUAUUCAUGGGGUGUAUGUCCUGUUGUAUUCCAAAGAGGCAAGUCCCAAAUACCGUGUUGAAGGCUGCUACACCGCCAUGUUACAAGGUCUCCCCGACUCAAAGGACUCUCCAAUCUGUCACACCAUCACCGAUGCUAAUGGGGAAUUCACCUUUGGCCUCGUGCCUGCUGGAGAGUAUAAGCUUAUGGUCCUCCCGUCACCGCCAGGUCAAGUGACGUACAUAGUGAAGCCUGAGAAGGUGGACUUCACUGUUCUCCAUGACAGCCUCUACAUCAAGAAUGCUUUUGAGGUGACAGGCUUCACGCUGGUAAGCUCUGCACGCUCCGCAGUGGGCGCGGACGUGAGCGGCGCGCAGCUGCUGCUGGACGGCCGCGCGCUCACCAAAACAGACAAGGACGGAAAAUUCACGCUGACCAACCUGCAGCCUGGCACCUACGCUCUGAGGUUCCAACAUGAAACGUCGGUAUUCAACACGCAGCUCUCCGUGACUCAAAACGGCAAUAUCCGUGUGAUCGGCACCGCUGACAAACGUUGGCGCGUGUGCGGCUCUGUCACGCCCGUUGGACGUAAAGUGCUUAUCACCGACGUUAAGGACUCUAAGGUCGUCCCCAUCACUCCUGGAGACGAUGGCAAGUGGUGCACAUUCCUGCCGGUCGGGCCCUACGUCGCUAGGGUGGACGUCAGUGAGCAGGAACAGAGAGAUGGACUCCAAUUCUACCCCCUCUCCCACAAGCUGUCAGUAGAAGACUCGGCCAUAGACGGGAUAUCGUUCUCGCAGCUCAAGGGCGAGCUGAGCGGCAGAGUCGUGUGUUCGUCCGCUCUGUGUGACGACGUCGCCGUCACCUUACGACCGCUGUCGGCCGACGGCGGGUACAUUGGGAAACCGCUCACUAUGAAGGCUAAAGACGGCAAGUACAAGUUCUCGGAUGUCCUCCCCGGAAGCGUGGAGGUGUCGGUGGGGGUGGGCAGGUUGUGCUGGAAGGAGUCCACACACAACGUGGUUCUGACGUCACAGCACGCGACUGUACCCGACUUUAUUCACACCGGCUACAUCCUCAACUUCCACAGCUCGCAUGAUAUCAAAGUGUCGUACAAGACCGGCAAAUCGUCGGGCGUGCUGGAUAUUCCGCGUGGCACGAGUCAGCAAUGCGUGCAAGAGGCGGGCAAGUACGAGUUGACGCCGCUGGGCUGCCACCGCUACCAGACCGACACCGUCACCGCGGACACCACUGCGCCCGAGCCUCAGCCGAUCCACUUCCAAGCCAUCGCGCACGCGGUAGUGGUCCGCGUGACGUCGCCGGAGGCAGUCAAGGACCUCAAGUUGCGAAUCACCACUGAUUCCAAGGGCUCCAGCGACGUGGGACCCUUGGAACCCAAGCCUAUGUCUAUGGGAGGAUAUGUAUAUGAACACACGUUAUAUAUGGCUGAUGGCGAAGUGGGCACAGUCCACGCGUCAUCGUCCACGCUGCUGACGGAGAGCCAGACGCCGCAGCAGCUGGUGGGCGGGCCGGCGUGCCAGCCUGACGCCGCCACCGUCCGCGCCGUGCGCGCGCUCACUCUGCGCGGCCGGCUGCUGCCGCCCGUGCCCGGCGUCACGCUCACUCUCACACAGGACGAUCUGAAACUGGUGCAGACGACGACCGCGGACGGCACGUACAGAUUCGGUCCUCUGGACGCGUCCAAGAAAUACGAGAUCGUUGCCGAGAAGGAGUCCUAUGUGUUCAGCGCCCCCGAUGAGAACGGAGACAUCAAGGCGCACAAGCUGGCUGAAAUCUCCGUGGAACUGUUGGACGAGGCCGAUAACUCGCCAUUACAGGGAGCGCCGGUGUCGGUGAGCGGCGGGUCGUACCGGCGGGUGCGCGCGGCGGACGCGGACGGGUGGGCGAGGUUCGCGGGGCUGCAGCCGGCGGACUACUACGUGAAGCCGCACGCCAAGGAGUACCGGUUCGCGCCGCAGCACCAGCUGCUGCACGUCGCCGACGGACAGCACCAGCGGGUCACGCUCAAGGGCCGGCGCGUGGCGUGGUCGGCGCUGGGCCGCGUGCUGCGGCUCAGCGGCGCCGGCGUGGACGCGGCGGCGCUGGCGCUCGCGCCCGCCGCCGCCGCCGCCGCUCACUGCGCGCCUGACCACUGCACUACCGGGGCCGCCGGGGCCUUCAGAAUCCGCGGCCUGUUGCCCGGCUGUGUGUACACGAUCGAGCUGAAGGAGUCCCCUAACCCGGAUUUGGCGGGACUGAAAAUUGUGAAAGCACCCGCUUCAUUAGAGGUGAAAGAUAAUAAGGACAUCGAAGACAUCCUCAUAAUCGUGAUCCAACCGCAACAACUGACGGACGUCAAUGUCCUAGUGCACACGGCCAACAUCGACCACUACAAGACCCUGCGCCUGACACUGUCCACGGAAGACAAUCCCACCACGCCCAUAUACUCGACCAAACUCGACCCGGCCGGUUAUAACCAGUUUCUCAAUCCCGGUCUCAUGUACGCGCUGCCGAGGCUGCCAGCGGAUAAUAAGACUUAUGUCUUGCAGUUAGAGUCGAGUUUGUCGAAAGUGACGCAUGUGUACAACGAAGAAUUGCAUUAUUUCGUGUCGGAUGGGAAGUUCAAGAGUUUCGACAUCGAAUUUACUCCUAAGAUGAAAUCCUCCGAGCAAGAGCUCCGGCAGAGCUCGCUGCUAGUGGUGCCGCUGCUGCUGGGCGCGGUGUUCGCGUGCCGCCGCCGGCUGCCGCUGCCGGCGCUGGCGGCCGCACUCGGCGCCGCGCGCGCCGCCUCGCGCCCGCCGCGCCACGCGCUGCUGGACCGCGCCAGCAUCGACCACAUCGUGUCCACCGUCAACGCGGCGGGGAAGAAAAUCGCUAAGAAGAAGCAGUGAGCUGUGUUGUGUUGUGUUUACUGUGAUCGAGUGCGGGUUUCGGGAUCGUUAGACAGUGUAUGUUUUAUGCCAAAAGUGUUGUUGUAAUUUCAACGGUAAUGACGGUGAUAAUAGCCUUGUUAUUCAUAAAAACGAUAAAGCGUACUUUAAGCUAAAGUAUGUUAUGUCUCGUUCUGUCAAUGCCAACUUUGUCUUUUUUAUGAAUAACAGGUCAGGGUUUUAAAUAUUAUUUAUUAAUAAAAUAGUGCGCAAACCUAAAUAAAAGUAUUGUAUAAUACUAAUAUAAUACAAUCAAAAGUAAAAUGAUUCCUUAAGAAUAUAAUACUUCGUUGACAAAGAACAGAAAACGAUAAUUAAUCAAACCACCAUAGCCAAAAAAUCGAAAACACUAUUGAUAGAUGACCUUGAAGCCAUUCAAAAUAUCAAUAGUAUUACUUAUUGAAUGUUGAAGAAUGUGUGAAUAUGUGCAUAAGAAUAAACGAAUUUGUGUUGUAAAAUAAUAAAAAGUAUUGAAUUGUAAGAGUGAAGCGAAAAAAAACUGUAGGAAAAUAAAUCAGUUUUCAAAACCUAAUAAAUCACAAUCACAGCUAUAAGUCCCUGCGGUCAGCAGCGGUUAAAAAUAUCCCUACUUGCGGAAUGAGUUUUAUAUAAUACAAUUCAAAAAUAAAACUUGAUACAGACAUUCCAGUAGUAGAAAUUUUCAAUUUAUCUCAUGGUGUCAGGUGAAUUAUAAUUUACUGUGUGGUGAUUAGUCAAAUAUAUUUAUAUUUACCCAAAUUAUUGUUACGUUACUUCCUUAGUUUAUGAUUUGCAUUUAUCGUGUGGUGACAUCUAAGUAUUGAUUUGGAAAUAAAAUGGCCUGUUGAUA